AAAGUAUGACGUGUAAAUAAUUUCUGUUUAGAAAGAUGCGAUUUCUUCAACCAGCAAACUUGUCCAGGACAGACUUUCUGCUUCGACGGCUACUGCCAACCUGGUGCCCCUACCGUUUACAACUGCUACUGUCAGAAUGACUGUCCAUGCUACACCGUAUGCAGAUACGGUGUUUGCUGGAGACCGUGGAAUCCGUACGGUAAUCGAACUCAUCAACCGAACUCCCAGUUGUCGCUUCGAUAGCGAGUGUUCGGCAGAUUACCGCUGCAUUAAGCAGCACUGUCAAAAGAAACUUUCCUGUUGUCGCCCCGGCCACUCGUCGAAAGCAAUGGAAGCGAACCCGCUGAUUUGUGCGGCAGACGCUGUGCUGAGCAUAUGUCCGAAAAGCCAUCAAUGCAACGCAAAAUCGAACGUAUGCUGCAGCGCAAAGCGAGUGCUGAAAGUCGGCGAUCCAUGCAUAAUACCAGAUGCAGAAUGUGGCGAUGCGAAUGCUCACUGCACCGAAGGCAGCUGCCAGUGCAAACGCCCGUUUGUACAGUACAACAAUACGUGUGGCCGCCUCGCCGUUGGGUUGAACAAGCCCUGUGGCCCGUCGUUGCCGUGCAGGACGGCAUUCGCGCAGUGCACAAAAGGCAAAUGCACCUGUGUGGAGGGCUUCGAUGCUAAGGACAGAAAAUGCGUGGCGAAAACAUACGGCUGCACAUUCGGAUAUCCGGUCCUGAGUGAGGGUCGAAUAGCUGAAUGUUCUAUGAAGUCCACUGACCUAGAGGAAGAGGCCGCAACGCUUGGAGUCGUUCUGCAAGGCGACUUCACCGUUAACAUGGACGACUGUCCCGAGGGCGCCUACUGCGUCCCCAUGCAAGCAGUGACGCGAACCUCUUCGUUAGUGAGAGGUAUCUGUUGCCCAGAACCCAUUCAGCGUUGUCCCAUGGGGGAGGAGUACAAAAGCGGGAGCGAAGAGGACAGCCUCCUACCGUGCAACAAGACAUGUCCUCGAAAAACUCAUUUCUGUUUCUCGGACCCGGCAUUUGGCAGUUCUCAGGAGAUCUGCUGCCCCCACUCUUGCCCGCAUGGCCGAGUCUAUUCAAAUGGGCAGUGCAUAAUUUCAAGAAGAAUUGGGGAUGCAUGUACAGAAGACAGUGACUGUUUGGUUACCAAUGCCAAAUGUAUGCCGUAUGAGAAAGGUAAGAAAUACUGUACAAUCAGAGAUUUUUGCUCUGAACGUCCAAGUACCAUAUCUUGAAA